CCCAUCGCCCCCUUAAUUAUGUCCCAACAACCGCUUCCCUCCUUCAGUGCGUCCACUCGGUGCGUAAAAUGAAUUUCCCCCGAGAAAUAUUUCACCCAGGUCGCACCUCAGUCGGAUAAAAAAAGAACGGCUGAGCCGACGCGCAGCUGAGAGUUGGAGUAUUUUGCCUGGUUCAAUAUGUGGAGGGUGUGUGUGACUGCGUGUGUUGUGUGUUCAUGAAGCGAGGGGGGCGUGCGUAGAGUUGUGAGCACAGCCCUCGCAGUGGAGCAACAGCUGGAUCAGCAGUCCGCCUGUGUCUGAGCGCAGCGCCGCAGGAUGUUGUAAGUUGUGCCACCACAUUAGGCAGUCCAGCAGUGAAUGUAUCAUGAUGCCUUCACUGUCAGGCGUUGGAUGGACCAUUUGCUGUCUCUUUUUGCUCUGGGAGAGACCAGCAGCUCUGACGGCGGAGGGACGUUGCUCAGUGGGCGCUCCAGUCGGGGCUCGUCACCCUGUCCAGGGUCUGCUGGAAAGGUUCGAGGCCGGUCUCGGCUGUGCCGCUAGAGAACGUGGGAACAAAGAAACUCAUGUCAUUGCGCUGGGAAGAGUGACCAACAGCCCCGAGAACACGGUGACGGUGAUGCUGAAGCCUCUGUCUCUGUCCCCGGCCCCUCUCAGAGCCCUCCACCUGCUGCUCAGCCACAAACUCCCCGUCACCUGGUGGCUGGAGGCUGAGCGGCUGCCGCCCAACCUGCCGGUGCUGGUGCAGGUGUCUCCGAAUUCCAGCGUGCAGUCCCGCGAUCUGCGUUUGCACGUCCAGACGGUGAAUUCGUUACCCUUUCACCCGCGAGCGCUGUACCGCUGGGCUCUGAAACACCACAGCAAUUUGUCCUCCCUGACACACGCGACCCACGGCAAUCGAGUCUACAUUCGUGUGGGAGAGGAUCCAACCCUGCCGGCUGCGUGCCAGCUGCAAUCCAUGUUCCUCUCUCGCAACUACAUGACCUCUGACCUUCAGCUCCAGGAAGUGCAGGGCUGCGCCCACGCGUCUGCGGCUGGGACCAGCCCCGAGGUCCAUGUGAUAAAGCUCCAUUCAGCGGGCUCAGGCCUCUGUGGCUCUCUGCAGGUGGAGGUGAUUGUCUCUCUUGUGCCCCCGGUGGCCACUUCAAAAGUACGGAAGGUCGUGCUGAUUCUCAGCAGCUCGGUGCCGGUCAACUGGGCCAUUGCUGCUCGUGGUGUCCGGGGUCACAUCUCUGUUCAUUCCUCUAACAGUGUGUCUCCACCAUUCCCACCCGAGCCUGACCUAACCCUGACCAGCACUCUUAGCUCUGACCUGUCAACCAUAUCUGACCUUCUCGCCUGGACCAGGGGGAUCGGCUACGCUAAGGUGACCUCAUACACCGAGGCCGACCUGGCCAAUCGCUUCGUGAUCCACCUGGCUGAGGGCGGGACAGAUGAGGUUGUUGUGUUGAAUCCUCUGGCUGUGAGGCCUUCCUGGGCGGAGGAGCGCAGGCUGAGGCAGUGGCUGAAUAGUGGAGGCAGAGCCCAAGGAGGACGUGAGAGCUUCACCGUGAAGUGUGAGGACGGACUCCUCAGUGUGACAGUCGACCGACGCAUCCUGCAGAGCUUGUCCGUCCCUGUGGCUGCCGUGACUCUGCGGGACCUGACGUGCCAGGCUCAGACUAAUGGGAGCCAUUUCCUGUUGGUGUUCCCAGUCCUUUCCUGUGGGACAGAGGGCCUGCUCCUGGGGGAGCCCAGAGGGGUGCAGUACAAAAACAUGGUGUUACUAUGGAGAGACAAGCCUCAGGCACUCAAUCAGACUGGGAAGUCCAACAGUCCACUCGGCAUACAUUUUAGCUGCAUGGCUUCCAUCCCCAGUCCCCUCAGCCCUACUGCUGCUACUGCCGACGAUAACAGCGAUGAUGAUGAGGACAAUGUCCACCAUCCUCAGACGGGACUGGUCCCCUGGGUGCCUGACGGUCCAGGAUCCGAUUCAGGACUGGGCCACCUCCCACUACUAAGGCACAGAUCCGGGCCUGUUCUUCUUUUGAAGCUUUUUGUCAAUGAACGCUACGAGCACUCGCAGGUUGGCCCGUGUGUCAUCACAGCUGAUCAACGUGUCUAUGUUGAGAUUUCAGCCAAAGCACCGCACGCAGAUGUCGUCCAAAUAAAGUCGUGUAUAAUCUCUCCCGUGUCAGACCCUAAAAAAUCUCCCUUCUGGACACUGAUAAGCGACGGCUGCUCCUCAGACUCCUCGCUGUCCCUCGGCGCAGCGACAAAAGGAAAAGAGGAGGAAGAUGAUCAGGAAGACAAAGAAGAGAAAGACGGACGGGAAAAGGGCGGAAUGCACGACAACACUGGCAGAAAAGAGAAGGAACCAAGGAUGGAAAAGAGGACGAUGAGUGUGGGAGACGAGGAGGAGAUGCAGUCCGUGAGAUUUAGUUUCAUCCUGAGGCCCGUUUAUAAUGACUCCAUGCAGUUCCUCCACUGCAGCCUUCGCCUGUGUGACUCUGACUUGAUAGGAGGGGAGGUCAUGAUGGGAACCAUGAAGAAAGACUGUCAGGCUGGGCUACAUAUCCCUCCACUAAUAUCCAGAUCACAGACGGAUCAGUGUGAGAUCAGAAACCUCUCCAGACCCAUGGUGGUCACGCAGCCCAUGAGAUCGCUAGUACCCAAGAUGCAGGCCCCGGUUGGCCAAAGAACCAAAAGGCUAAGUGUGGCUCCACAGGCCCGUCCAGACCCGCAGCACAGCAGCUUUGUGGAUCAGACAGGACCAAUCAUGGGAAUUGUCUUUGUAGCCUUUUUGAUGGGUGUCAGUCUGAUGGGAGGCUUGUGGUGCAUUUAUAACUACACAGGAGGGGCACGGCCAGCGUCUUUCAGAGAAGGUCCUUUAACGGAUCAGACUCGCGGAGGCCACAACAUCUGGAGUCCGUCUUCAAUGUCUGAUCACUCGUCCAGCUCAGUGUAGAGGCGAGUCCAGAGUAGAGGAUUUCCGCUGGCAAAUCUGAGAGAGGAGAUCUGGGACAGAGGUUCUAACAACUUUUCAGCGUUUGUGUGUGUGUCAGAGCACAGCUGCCUGUGUUUGUGUGUUUGCCCUGCAGCAGAAAUUGCGUGAGGCUGAGAACAUGUGAGUACAAUUGCUUUUACUCAUGGCGGCCUUGUGAAAAACUCAGAUUCAAACAGAAACUCCGGCUUCACGGCUGCGAUCGAUCUGCCCACCGAGUUAUUUCGAAACUGGCAUCGCAACGUUGUUUGGAGAGACCAAUAUCUCGAAUCAGCAGGAUCUAAACAUGGUUGGAGUGACUCGAACUGAAACCUGUGGUCACCAUAGUCGUCGCCAUUGUCUUUGGAGCCGGAACAGGAGGUCAAAGAUCAACUGAGAGGUUAUUGCGUGCCUGUAAUGAAAACUCAAGGGUUUGACAGUCAUUCAUGUCGUAGCUGUGAAUCAGCUGGCUAUCACAUCUACAGUAUCUGUGUCUGUGAAAUGUUUUCGUGUUCAUGUGACAAGGUGAUUAAAUGUGUUGAAAAUGAGAAACGUGAAGUUCUGAACGUCAUAAACUGUGUAAGAUGUUGUAAAAAAAAAAUGCAUUAAUAUAUUUGUUUAAAGCAGGAAUAAAGCUGUGAAGACGUCUUUUGUUUCAUUCA